GGACCUGCUGAGCCAAAAAGGGAUUACGUGGCAGUCUUGUGAUAUAUCUGAUCCCCUUUUUCUUCUUUUCAGUUUCGCAACGUUUAUCUCCACGCUUCGCUCGAGUCAAAACAAGGCCAUAGAAGAGCCCCGAGUUAUGUCAGUGUUCCAUGCUUCCUACUUUUCUUCCUCCGCAGCAGACCCUCAGCGACCCGCCCAGCCGGCAGCCCCGGCGAAUCCAGCGCCUACGCCUGCACAGAACGCUCCGACCGACGUGACCGUGCCCGCCGCUCGCAACGCGUUUCCGGUGACCGAUCCCUCUUUGCCUGGCGUAGAGCGUGCCAACAGUGCAGAGAUGGCCGCCGACUUGAGCAACAACUCACCGCUUGAUACGCCAGCUACACGCGCUCGCAAGUCAGCUGGCGGUCGCCCCAAGGACUACGUGUGGACAUUUUAUGAAACGACCGAUGAUGGCGAGUUGGCAACAUGCAAGAACUGCGGAUGGCAGACCGAGAAGCCAAAGGCCUUUCGCAUUCGCCAGCACAUCUCAAGCUGCCCAGAGACACCACAGACGACAAAGGAUGAAAUUGCACGUCUUCAGGCACAGCGCGAAGCGACUAAGCUCGAGCGUCGCGCCGUCACUAAUGAUGAAGACAGCCCGACGGAGGCCAACACGCCUGCUAAGAAGCGUGUCAAGGCCGAUCCAGCGCUCUUUAGCCACAACGGACCGCCAGCAGCCUCGACGUCGCGCGUGCCCAUCCUGAGCGGUCCCCUGCGUUCGGCGAUCACUUGUCAUGUCCUUGACUCUACCACGGGCAAGCCAGGCACGGAUAUGGAAGUGAGACUCGACAAGCUGACCCAGGAAGGCUUCUCCUUCCUCCGAUCCUCCUCCACCAAUGCAGACGGCCGAUGCCAAACCCUCCUCGAACCUGGCUUCCGGCCCGAGAUUGGCAUCUACAAGCUCACCUUCAUGACCAAUUCUUACUUCACCAAACGCGGCGUCCUCGGAUUCUAUCCCUUUGUGGAGAUCACCUUUGAGGUCAAGGAUCCAAUGGAGCAUUAUCACAUCCCUUUGCUGCUCAGUCCUUUCUCCUACUCCACUUACCGAGGAAGCUAGACCGUUGUCGUCUGUCGCAAUGCAAUUGGUCACGUGGUGACUCCUUUUCCCCUCCAGGUUACCGUCGUCUCAAG